AUAUCCAGGAUUGGAUGAUUUGAAAGACGUCAAGAGGAUAGAGCAAGGAACCAACUGAGAAACAUCAGUUGGAAGGCUCAGCCACCAUCACUGCCUGGGCAAAGCAUCUGACCAGAGCAGAGUUCCCUGGUGAAUCAGCAAGCUUAAAAAACAUUAUCAUCUUAUUUGCAUAAAAGUCCACUGGUGGUUCCUACUGACUCAUAGACACUCAAACUCAUUUUUGAAAAAGUAGCAUUUUCCAGCAUCCUCAACUAUCCAGAACAUACCUAAAUACUUGCGAGUUUGUGGCUUAUUAACGGAAGCUAUGAAGUCUAAGGCCAGCUCUGCCCAGAACCCAAGUUGCAGCAUAAUGAUAUUUCGUCCAACCAAAGAAGAAUUUAGUGACUUCGAUAAAUAUAUUGCUUACAUAGAAUCCCAAGGUGCACACCGAGCAGGACUGGCUAAGAUAAUUCCACCAAAAGAAUGGAAAGCCAGACCUACCUAUGAUGAUAUCAGUGACAUCUUAAUAGUCACUCCCCUCCAGCAGGUGGCCUCGGGGCAGGCAGGCGUGUUUUCUCAAUACCACAAAAAGAAGAAAGCCAUGACAGUGGGGGAGUAUCGCCACUUGGCAAACAGUGACAGAUAUCGGACUCCACCACACGUGGAUUUUGAGGACUUGGAGAGAAAAUAUUGGAAAACUCGCCUCUAUGAUUCACCGAUAUAUGGUGCUGACAGCGGCUCCUUAUUUGAUGAAAACACUAAAGAGUGGAACCUUGGACACCUAGGAACCAUUCAGGACCUGUUGGAGCAGGAGUGUGGAGUUGUCAUCCAAGGUGUCAACACGCCCUACCUCUACUUCGGCAUGUGGAAGACCACGUUCGCUUGGCACACGGAGGACAUGGACCUUUACAGCAUCAACUACCUGCACUUCGGGGAGCCCAAGACUUGGUACGCGGUGCCCCCAGAACACGGCCAGCGCCUGGAACGCCUGGCCAGGGAGCUGUUCCCGGGCAGUUCCCGGGGCUGUGAGGCCUUCAUGAGGCACAAGGUGGCUCUCAUCUCGCCUACUGUCCUCAAGGACCACGGGAUCCCCUUCAGUCGGAUCACUCAGGAGGCUGGAGAGUUCAUGGUGACCUUUCCCUAUGGCUACCACUCUGGCUUCAACCACGGCUUCAACUGCGCGGAAGCCAUCAACUUCGCCACCCCGCGAUGGAUUGAUUAUGGCAAAGUGGCCUCCCAGUGCAGCUGCGGGGAGGCCAGGGUCUCCUUUUCCAUGGAUGCAUUCGUGCGCAUCCUGCAACCCGAGCGCUAUGAGCUGUGGAAACGCGGGCAGGACCGGGCUGUCGUGGACCACACGGAGCCCACGGCGCCGGGCAGCCAGGAGCUGAGCUCCUGGCGGGAAAUCUGCUCCGAAACUCCACCCAACUGUUAG